UCAUGUUAAUUAGUUUCCCUUUAGCUCUACCACUCCGCAACCCCCUCCAAAGAAAUCUAAUUUAAUUAUUUGCUUGUAUACAUGGAUAAACCAUUUCUCCUACUUCUCUUCCUCUUAUUAUCAUGCUCUUUACCUAUAUCAAUAUCAUCAUACAAUGUUCCAGCAAUUUUCACAUUUGGGGACUCCAUUGUUGAUGCUGGAAACAACCAUUUUAACAAGAAUUGUAGUGUCCAGGCCGAUUUCCCACCCUAUGGAUCUAAGUUUUUCCACCACCCUACUGGCAGGUUCACCAAUGGCAGAACUGUUGCGGACUUCAUUUCACAAUUUCUUGGAAUUGAACUCCAAUCACCGUACCUGGAGGCAAGGCUAGCAGUUAUGAAUGGAAGUAGGAGGAAUUAUCCAUCCAAUGGCAUCAACUUUGCCAGCGCUGGCAGCGGUGUUCUGCGGCAAACAAAUCAGGAUUCGGGAGUCGUACCAAUCCAGGAACAGCUACAGAAAUUUCAAGCAUUAGUUCAGAAAAAGCACAUAGAUAAAAAUCUGCUAGACAAAUCCCUUUUCUUUUUCGAGUCUGGCUCUAAUGAUAUCUUCAACUAUUUCCUCCCCUUUGGCACCCCAACACUUGAUCCUGACGCAUACGUACAGGCCAUGUUAAGAGAGGUAGAAAAUUUGAUGGGCCAUAUUUAUAGGCUCGGUGGUCGCCGGAUUGCUGUUUUUUCACUAGGUCCUGUUGGCUGCGUUCCGGCCAGGGUUUUUGUGCCGAAUGCACCUGUUGAGAAAUGUUUCGGGAGGAUGAAUGUAAUGGUUAAGAAAUAUAACGAGGGCUUGGAAAGCUUGGUUAAAGAUAUUCCUGUCAGGUAUCCUGGCGCAGUUGGUGUUUAUGGUGCAGUUUAUGAUGCUGUUCAGCGAUAUCGAGCCACUCCAGCACGAUAUGGUUUUACCAAUGUAAUGGGUGCAUGUUGUGGAGAUGGGCCUCUUAGAGGAUUGCUACAAUGUGGGAAGGAGGGUUACAAGAUAUGUCCAAAUCCAGAGAUGUACUUGUUCUGGGAUUACUUCCAUCCAUCGGAGCACACUUACAAGCUAAUCUCCAAGGUCUUAUGGGGUGGAAAGAACUCAACAAUUAGGCCAUUUAAUCUUCAAACUUUAGCAAGCAUGCUUUGAUCCAUGUUUGGUGUGAAGUAGAACGUGGAUGAAUGCCUUGUCAUGUUGGCAAGCAAUUUAAUUAUUUGUUCUUCAAAUUUGCAAUUCCCAUGUAGCAAACAGUAUUCUGGUUAAAUAAAAUCGCAAUUUUAU